AUGUCAAUUGCUUUUUGGAAUAUUCGUGGUGCUAGUCGAAAAAAUGCACUACCAGAGGUGAAGGACUUUUGUAGACAUUCCCGUAUUAGUGUGAUGAUGCUGUGUGAAGUCAAGACCCAAUCCCCUCCCUCUAGUAGCACUGCCCAGCAGUUGGGUUUUCACCAUUUUGAUUUUAUUCCAACGCAAGGUUUUGCGGGGGGAAUCUGGCUUUUUUGGAAAGAUUGUAAUCUCAAUCCAUUUCGGUUAUCAGUAAUUUUAAAGUCUAGUCGUUUUAUGGUCUGUAAUUAUCAUUCUCUCUCGCAUGAUUUUAUCUUUGCUAUCAUAUUUAUAUAUGCUCCUGCUAGACAAGACCAAAAAUCUGAAUUUUGGGAAGAACUUGUUUUGUACAUAAACUCAUUAACCACCCCUUUUGUCGUGUUGGGUGAUUUUAAUGAAAUAGGAUGUGCCCAAGAUAAAUUAGGAGGGGCUAGAUUUUCAUCUUCAAGAACUUUGAUUUUAUCCUCCUUCUUUUCGCAAGCCCAAUGUGCUGAAAUUCCUUUUCUAGGAUCCCGUUAUACUUGGCGAAAAAAGGAAGGGGGGGAGAAUAAUAUUUAUGAACGUUUAGACAGAGCAACUGCGAGCAUCUCUUGGUUGGCCCAGUUCCCCCAAGCUAGAGUACGCCACCAUAAUUUCACCUCUUCAGAUCAUUGCUAUGUCUCGCUUGAGUUCGAGUGCUUAAACCGCGCUAAGGCCUUCCCUUUUAGAUUUGAUAAAUUGUGGUGUUCCCGAAAGGACUAUGAUAAUAUUGUAAAGAAAUCGUGGUGUUCUCAUUUUGAAGGAUCUCACAUGUUUAGAUUAGUAAAUAAGUGCAAACUUUUAAAGACAAAUUCUAAAAAGUGGAACCUAACCCAAUUUGGUAACUCAUCUCGUCAAAUUCGUACCGUAGACCGUAAAUUAGAGGACAUUCAAUCAGCUAUUCUCAAUGACCAGCUUAAUAUUCAACUUCUUAAAAAACAAGAUUUGCUAUUACUUAAACGUAGUAAAUUAUUGGCCUUUAACCAUGAAUUUUGGAAACAAAAAAGUAAGACUACUUACCUUACCCAAGGGGAUGCUAACACUAGUUAUUACCAUGCUCAUGCAUCUAUAAGGCGUAAUCGUAACCAAAUCUCGGAAUUUGUCUCUCAAGAUAACAUUUCUUUGACGACUCCCGCUGCGAUUACUAGCGCUAUCACCCACGAAUUUGCCCAGCGUUUUCUCUCUAAUCCGGAUUGCUCCUUCGAUAGCCAGUCGGAUUUUAGUCUUAUUUCGCCCCUUAUUUCAGAGGAGGAUAAUCUCUUCCUUUGUGCUCCUCCAUCAGGGGAGGAGAUUAAGGGUGCUACCUUUGAUUUAGCUCCGGAUAAAUCCCUCGGGCCUGAUGGGUUCCCUCCGGGUUUUUUCCAAAAGUAUUGGACGCUUGUUGGCAAUUCAGUCAUCCGAGCCGUUCAAGCUUUUUUCCAUUCGGGUAAACUUCUUAAGGAGAUCAAUCAUACCUUUUUGGCUUAA